AUGCCCAACCCCAGGCCAGCCAAGCCCACGGCCCUCCUUGCCCUCGGCCCAUUUCCAGGAGCCUCACCAGCUGAAGGCUGCACCCAAGGCCUCAGACCUCCUGGGGCCAGGGGUCCUGGGGGUACUUUCCAGGGCCGGGACCUCGAGGUGGGACCCAUUGCUGCCACCUCCUCCUCCUUCCUUGACCCCCAUGCAUCAUCGCAGCUGCAGCUGCCCACAGUGCCCUUAGUCAUGGUGGCCCCCUCUGGGGCCCGGCUGGGGCCCUCACCCCACUUGCAGGCACUUCUCCAGGACAGACCACACUUCAUGCACCAGCUCUCCACAGGGGAUGCUCACCGGAGCCCUGUACUACAGCUGCGCCCACUGGACAGCCCAGCCAUGAUCACUUUCCACCACCCAACCAGCACACCGGGAUCUUUCUCCCUCAAGGCCCGGCCUGGCCUGCCACCUGGUAACACCUCAGUCCAUAUCCCCAUGGCUUCAUUGAACCCCAAAGUCCCCAGAUGUCUGAACAUGCACAGUCUAGACUGUUAUGAAUUGCAGCCCUCUGGCAGUCUGAGGGGUCAGAUUGAAGAGUCAUGGCACCCUUUCGACCACACCCCCGGGGUCCUACCACUGCUGGUAAAUGGUGUCUGCAAGUGGCCCGGAUGUGAGAAGAUCUUCAAGGAGCCAGAGGACUUUCUCAAGCACUGCCAGGUGGACCACCUCCUGGAUGAAAAGGGCAGGGCACAGUGUCUUCUCCAAAGAGAGGUGGUGCAGACUCUGGAGCAGCAACUGGAACUGGAAAAGGAGAAGCUAGGUGCUAUGCAGGCCCACCUGGCUGGAAAAAAUGGCACUUCCCAAGGACCAACUGCGGUACCAUCAGACAAGGGUACCUGUUGCAUCGUAGCAUCUGGCACACAGGGCAGCGUUGUCCCACCCUGGCCCAGCCCCCAGGACGCCUCAGACGGCCUGUUUGCUGUGCGGAGGCACCUCUGGGGCAGCCAUGGCAACAGCACCUUCCCAGAGUUCUUCCAUAACAUGGACUACUUCAAGUUCCACAACAUGCGGCCCCCUUUCACCUAUGCCACCCUCAUCCGCUGGGCCAUCCUGGAGGCUCCUGAGAAGCAGCGGACGCUCAAUGAAAUCUACCACUGGUUCACACGCAUGUUUGCCUUCUUCCGAAACCACCCUGCUACCUGGAAGAAUGCUAUCCGCCACAACCUGAGCUUGCACAAGUGCUUUGUGCGGGUGGAGAGUGAGAAAGGGGCUGUGUGGACCGUGGAUGAGUUUGUCCGCAAGAAAAGGAGCCAGAGGCCUAGCAGGUGCUCCAACCCUACACCUGGCCCCUGACCUCAUAACCAAAGAAAGGAGGAAAGAUGGACAGGGGCCAAAAUGAGGGGAGGUGG